AUGCUGCCUGCGGGCUGCGGCCGAAGGGCGGCGGCGGCGCUGAGGGCGGCGCUGGGCGAGGGCGCGGAGCGGCGGCGGGAGCUGGAGCGGCGGGCGGCGCGGAGCCGGGCGCUCCUGGGGCGCUGGGAUGAUGAAGAAGAGGAGCGGCCACAGCCACAAUCAGGCUCCAGUACUGAGCAUGAAGACAGGCCUUCACCCAAGGAGCUAGAGGAGCUGGAACUGCUGAACAGGGCCUUAGAGAAGGCACUGAAGGUCAGGAAAAGCAUCUUGAAAACUCCAUUAGAGACUCAGGGAGCUACAGGACAGAAAUGGGCAGGUGAAGCACAUGCUCCCAAGAAAGCUGAAGAACAGCAGGUGCCUGUAUCUGUUGAGGAUGUUCCUGAGUGCAGGAAGGUGAGAGCUGGAAGCAAAAAGCCUUUGUUGAAGAAGCCCUCUCCAUACCAGUUAAGACCCCCUUACAGGACUGACCCAGAUGUGAAGAAACUGCAAAGGAAAGUCCCAGCCAGAUGUGUUUCUCAAGGCCCCAGGACAGCUGGGAAGAUUUACUCAAAAGGGAUGACUUCCAAACAAGGAAGGAGUCACAGGACAGCAGCUGGUGCCAGUGGCAGAGAAGUCUGUGCUGCAGCUGAACCCCAGGAGACACCUGGCUUGUCUGAAUCUGCCCCAAAUGAGCAGCAAAGCUUUUCUGGAGGGGAUUCAGCUGCGGGAAAGAAUUCCAUGGCUGCUGGCAAGCAGUUACUUCAUGCAGGGAAGAAAAGUUCUGGUUUCCUAGCAGAGUCCAGCAAAAAGGAGGACACUACAGGUGCGUGGGGAAGGAGCGUCUCACCAGGGACAGGCACCCUGCAGGAAAAGGGAUGCCAGCUGAAGCUCCCCCUUCCCUACAGGAAAGCUUAUUCCAGGAACUCCAGGACAUGGGAGAGAUGUCGCCUGUGCCAAACAAGUGCAGAUGCAGCAGCUGCAAGGACCCGUUUUAUGGAGAGAAUCCAGACAACCUUUUGCUCCCUGAAGCUGACCCCCAGUCCUGCAGAGAUAGAGGAGGAAUUAAGAUGCCUCCAGGAUGUCCCCUCCCGUCUGAGGCAGUAUGUGGAAGCUGAGCCUGCAGACCCUUCCACUCUGCAAGGAGAGUAUGAAAGCCUUCUGACCUUGGAGGGUUUGCAAACCACAGUGUCCCAGUGUCUGCAGAAGCUGCAGCUGCUGCGAGAAGCUCUGGAGUCCCAGCUGAGGCUGCACCCAGACUGCACUGGGGAUGUGGGGAGCUGCUCUCCAGCCUGUGUCCCUGUCAGGGGACAGAUGUGUGACAGUGCAGACAUGCUGGCUGUGCCUCUCCUCUGUUACUCCAGUCUCCAGGAGCUCAGGGACCUGUUUGCCUUGAAGCUGCAAGUGUCAAUGCUGCACCAAGAGAUUGCCUUACAAAAGGUGAUGAUGGCAGAGCUGCUGCCUGUCCUGGAGGCCAGGCCAUUGCUGGAGGGCUCUGCAGGGCUGUUCCGGGCCAUCCAAAGCCAGCUCUGUGAGGGCGGCCGGCGCUUCCCUGUGCUGGUGAGAGACGAGCUGCUGGACUGAGCUGGGGAGCCUCCUGCUAGUCCUGCACAGAGCCAAAGACAGCUCCAAACAAUAAAUCUUUUCUAUGAACUUC